GACGGCCUUGUUGGCUUCUGACUUGCAAAGGCCUCUUCCAUCCGACCACUCUUCUGUAUUUUGUGCCUUUCCUGUUCCCACCCCCCAAAAGAGUCCUUGCUGGAUUCGAACUUGGCCCGUCUUUGAUUUGACGACCUACCUAGAACUCGUGAUCUUCGACGUUCUUGUUCUGCAGAUUGACAAUGGCCCAGGAAGGUUCAGAUCAUGUCUCUGCACAUAUAGCCUCGUCCCUAGAAAAUAUUGAGGGCCUUCGACAAGAGGCCAAUCUAUUCCCUGUCGACUUUGCAAGUCAUUAUGGACAGCCAGCAGCUCAGCAAGCCCAUCCGAAUAACAGGGGAAGUUCUCUAGACGGUCAACGUCCGCCUCCGCUAGUUUCGAAGGUUUUGUUUGAUAUGCCCAUGGAAAAGAUCUGUGACACCUCGGGGGCUCCAGUGAAUCCCCAUAAUACGCCCGCGUCUCUGAACGGUGGAACAGACUCGGAUUUGUCUUGUUCAUAUCGUAAUGAAUUUCUCAGACAUGGCCGGAUUUUUUCGGAAACACAGUCGAACGGCUUGCCUUACUGUCUUUCGAUCAACAACAUAACGGAAGGGACCGAUAUAAAAAUCAUUACUGAGGAAGACAUGCUACGUUGGAAAUUGACUGGCGAGACAUCCUAUACGAAUGUUAAGUCUGCCUUUGAACCCCCUAGUCGCACGCAGUCUGAAAAUGGCGUGGACCAGGCUACGACUGACGAGGCGGUACCUGCGUUUGACCCCGUUGAAUCGAGCUUAGCUGGGAUUUCCAGGUGCUACUCGAAGAAACAACUCUCUAUAGAGUCACAAUCGCUUUGUUCCCGAAAAGAAGAGCACAGAAAACAAUUCGGAGGAUUGGGGCCGGCCUGUCCGCGGCGUAUUCAGCGGUCGCCACGUCGAAGCCCUAAAAGAACCUAUCAAAUACCUUUGAAAAAGGCAAGAAACUCUCUUUCGAUCUCUCUGCCUCGUCUUAAGAUUCCUCCCUUUGAAAACCAUCCGGCACAGGCAUUUGUACAUUCAAAUGAUGGCCACGAUGAUGAGUUUGACCCUCGUAUACCAGGAACAAUGUAUACGCAAAGCAGAUUGGAAGAUGUGAUUUCUCGGCGAAAUCUUCUCGGAUGGAAAAACCUGGCUAAGUUUGUUCUGGUUGAUUUUUCGAUCAAAAAGCUGCAGAGUCCACGGCGUACCUCACUGGAAGAAAUAUCCUAUCUGUUCCAUGUACAACUCGACUGGUCAACCACUACAAUCCAAUCGUCAAGGACAAAACAACAUGACGAUAUCUUCAAAUCCCACCCCGAAACAACACCUAGCAAGGUUGCUGAUCUGCUGCGAAUCCAAUUCGUAAUGCCGAUCUUGUUCAUCCAUAUGGUCUUCGUUAGUAUUGCUGUUUUGCAAUACAUAGCCUCCUUCAAGCCUAUUUCCGAGGGAAUUAUCCUUCUGAAGGCUAUUCCAUUGUUCACCACGGCCUCGACAGUCUGGCUACUGAAUCAACUUCAUGUCGAAGCUAAAACCCAGAAGGACUUCUAGGAGCUCCCAGUAUGAGUGGUGAUCUCCUAUAAACUAACGCCGUUCCAAUGACUUCGCUCGGAUUGAUGUUAUGAUCCCGCCCGUUGAAUUUUCGCAGUAC